AUGGAGGAAAGUGAGAGAAACAAAGAGAAGCUGAGGUCACUGAAGGAAACUGUGAGAAAAUCGUUUAUGGCUUCCAAAGAGGAGCCGAUAACGAACAUGAAAUUUAUCGAUGUUCUGUGUCGCCUCGGUGUCUCCUAUCACUUUGAACAUGAAAUCCUUGAGCAGUUGGAGUCUAUGUUCGGUCAUCAUGAUUUCAUGCAGAUGAUGAGAGACAAUGAGCAGUUCGGCUAUAAGCUCUCUGUUGAUAUGUUUGACAAGUUCAAGAACAAGGAUGGAGAGUUUAAGGAACACCUAGCUGAGGAUGCGAGAGGUAUGUUAUGCCUUUUUGAAGCUGCUCACUGGAGCACACACGGUGAAGACAUUCUCGACGAAGCCCUCAGUUACUCAAGGUCGCAUUUGGAAGGAUUAGCCUCUCGGUCUAGUCCCCAUCUGGCGGUCCGCAUCAAGAAUGUCCUCAAACAUGCAUACCCUAGGGGUAUUCCAAGGAUAGAGACAAGACAAUAUAUCACAUACUAUGAAGCGGAAGGUUCACACGAUCAAACCUUGUUACAAUUUGCUAAAGUAGAUUUCAAUCUACUGCAAAUGCAACACCGUGAAGAGCUCGGCCAGGUCUUCAGGUGGUAUAAAGGUCUAGAGCUUGACUCAAAGUUGCCGUAUGCACGGAACAGGGUAGUCGAAAGCUACUUGUGGGCGGUUGGGGCGUAUUUUGAGCCACGCUUGAUCUGUUUGAAUGAGAAAGGAGAUGAUAACGGUGGUUCCGCAUCACAUCUACCAUCUCGUCUUGUCAUUGCAUCUCUUCAGUUCUUCUCCUUCUUCUCGUUGCAUCAUCUAGUUCUCUUUCCUUCUUAUCAUUUUGUUUCUCUCCUCCUACUCGUUCAUUCUUCUCCUUCCCUUUCCUCGUUCAUUCUCUUGUCUAUUUUUUCUAUGGAUUUCUCUUCGACUCCUUACUCUCAGCCUUCAAACUUCGUCGAUCUCCUAAACAGUCAGCAGGACAGCGUCUUCUGUGGAACAGCUAUGAGCCUUGGUGAAGAGCCGGCUGCAGAGCGAAAGGAGAGAAGAACAUGGACACCAGCAGAUGAUGUGUUGCUAAUAAGCUCCUGGUUAAACACGUCCAAAGACGCCAUCGUAGGAAAUGAGCAAAGAGCAGGGGCUUUUUGGAAACGCGUAGCUGUGUACUUUGCUAGCUGUCCCAAGCCUGAAACACGUGAACUUGCUUGA